UUGCAAAUCUACCUAACCUCACUUUAGUGAUAGCACAUGCAUUGUUUUGGUUUUUACGAAAUUUUCCUGCAAUGGUGCCGAGUUGUGAAAAAAUCGAGGAAAAUAGAAUGGAAGUGGAUCAAAGGAAUAAAUCUCAUUUACACACAGUUAGAUUCUACACUCCUCAGCCACGGGGGAUAAGCUGUAUGGCAUAUAAUGCUGAAAAGGAGAAACUUGCCCUAUCGAGAGUGGACGCUUCUGUGGAGUUGUGGAAUGUUUCAGGGACUCCCUUUAUGGAACGGGUAAUUUUUGGAGCCCCAAAUGCAUCGGUAGAAGCUCUCGUGUGGCUUGGGGAUAAUUUAUUCUCCGCCGGUCUUUCCGGAGAGAUUGUGCAUUGGAAUUUACGCUCAUUGGAGCCACAGCAGAGUCUCUUGGUGACUGGAAGUUCCAUAUGGUGUAUGGAUGUACAUGGGAGCACCCUAGCAGCAGGAACUGAAGAGGGAUACCUCAAUAUUUGUCGCAUGGAAGACUUUCUUGUCUAUGAGAGAGCUUUUGAUAAGCAGGAAGGGCGUAUUUUAUGCUGCAAAUUCGCCCCAUCUGGAGAAUUCUUAGCAACUGGAUCAGUAGAUACUGUCCGUGUGUGGAAUGUACAGAAUGGAAAUGCAGUUCAUCGCAUGACACUGUCCCGGGUUGAAAUGAGGAAAGAAAUCAUUGUUUGGGCUAUACAGUAUCUUCCGGGAAAUGUUGUGGCGUCUGCUGAUUCAGCAGGAAGGAUUAUUUUCUGGGAUGGAAAGCUUGGGAGUCAAACAGAGUGUUAUCAAGCCCAGAAAGCAGAUGCUCUGUGUUUGGCAAUUAAUGAGGAUGCAACGAAAAUCUUCAUUUCCGGAACUGAGCCAGUUAUCCGGAGUUACACGCUCACAUCGAUGAAAAAGGAUAAUCACGUUGUGACAAAGUGGGUAAAGUCCGUUGAGAAGCAUCUGCAUACCCACGAUGUGAAAGCAUUGGCGCUGAAUGGGAAUAAUCUCUUUUCCGGAGGUGUGGACAGUCACCUCGUUGUUUCAACCUUCUCACCGACCUCAUCAAAGAAAUUCGCUCCCCUGCUGAGACAAUCCUGUGGGGAAGUAACACAGAAUCGUCUUUUACUCCUCAAACAUCGCAAUCAUCUGGAAAUCUGGCAGUUGGGCUCCGUUAGAGAAUUCCAGAAAUUACAGAAACUCCUUGAGCUCCAGAGUCGCGACUCAGAAGCAAUGACGUGCUCAACACUCUCACCUAAUGGGGAAAUUCUGCUCUACUCCACCGAUACACAAAUUAAGGCUUUUCACUUUGAUUCCAAAUGCCAGCCGGCACUCCUGAGCCCAAUUAAAAUUAUCACUUCACAAUUUUCCCCGUGUCUUCAUGCUAUCUUCUCACAAGACUCCAAGAUGGUUUUCCUGGUGAAAAAUUCCGGGGAAGUGGAUAUUUUUGUUGUUACAAAUCAAAUGGAUUUUGAUCAUAUUCAGACCAUCGAUACGCACAAACGCAUUAAGGAUCUCAUUCACUUGGUAACCUUAUCAAAUUGCGGAAAGUACCUUGCUCUGGCGGGGCUGUGCAACAGUGUGGUUGUAUGGCGAUUUGAGGAGGAAUCACAGAGGUGGAAACGCCACAUUAGCUUACCAAAGUACACAAAUCCAGCCACAGCAAUGCGAAUUCAUUCCUCAUCUCUGCGCCUCGUUGUAGCGUAUUUGGAUGGGAAGUUGAUUGAAUAUGAUUUGGAGGAGUUGAAAUUCACAUUUUCCGUGCAAAUUCAAGAGGAAAUUCCCCAACGCCCGAUCAAUAGUGUCGUCCUGGAUUCACGAAAUCCCGAUCUUUUUAUUCUUCAAGAUGAAAAAAUGAUUUUUAGCAUCAAAAAGGUCGUGGAAGCAGAGGAUGGCGAAGAAGGAGAGAACACGGAAAAUGCCAAAAAGUCAAAAAUUUUGAAUUCUGCAGAAAAUAAAAAAUUUUCCAAGAAAAUCAUUCGAGAAGCAAAGAAUUUGGCAUUUCUAUCAUGGCUGGAAGAUGAGGAAAUUGUAUGUGUUGAGAUUCCGGAAGAUUCAUUGAUCGAACAACUUCCUCCACCGCUUAAAAUAAAAAAGUACGGCACUGGAUGAGCUUUUAUCAGACAAAUAUUGUAUGUAUAUAAUUACAUUUUAAUUAUUAAUAAAAAAUUAUUAAUCAUUCA